AUUAACGCAGAGUGUACGGUUACAUGCAGCGUAGGAAACCAGGAGGUCAAACUUCCUUCAUCACCGAUUCCACUACCUUCUUUCCGCAAACUCAACACGUACACACAAUCACAUACCCCAUGAUGCAUAGAACAUGGCAGAGAAGGAUAUAGGCUUCCCAAAUUCUCCCUUACCAGGCAUUUGAACAUGGCUACCCUAUUUUUCUUCCUUGGUCUUUUCUUCUCAAGGCUGAAUAUAUCUUGCUUCUUUAAGCUUUCAUCCUAGUUUGCAGACUUUAUAAUUAUACAUAUUUAAUGCAACAGGUAAAAGGAUGGCUUACCAAAAAGUCCAUGGAGAUCAGAAUGCACAGUAUUUAGAUAGCGAAGACCUUCAAGCCACUUCCCUGGAGUUAGAAUGGGACAUGGAGAAAGAACUGGAGGAGCUGAGCUUUGACCAUUUUACUUUGGAUAGAGCAGUCCACCAACCAACUGAGAGUAGUCAAAAUGCUGACUUGGAGUCUAUUCAACCAUCAGCAUCUCCCAAAGGAAGAUUUGAAAGACUCCAGGAAGAUCUGGAUUAUAUUUCUCACCGGACACAGCACCCACCAAAGAACAAUUGCUGCAGCUUUUGCUGGAUAUUUAAGCUAUUUUGCACUGCUACGAGUUUAUUUAUUUUGGGGUUUUUGAUAGGCUACUAUGGACAUGCACAAUGCCCACCUUUACCAACAUCUUCAGAAGCCAGUAAACCUGCCAUCAUUCAGGAUAUUCUUAAAGGUAUCGAAGCAAAAGAUCUUGCACACAUUUUCAGAGAUCUGAUACAGCAGAAUGGAAAAGAAGAUAGAGAUGUUGCAACAAAACUUCUGGGUCAGUGGACAUCCUUUGGUCUUGAAGAUGUCCAGUUCAUCAAUUACACUGUCUUGCUUGACCUGCCAGGUUCUUCUCCAAAUACAGUGACUCUGAAUAACACUGGGGAAUGCUACUAUCCUAAUGGACAACCAUGUAACAAAGAGACUCACUACAGUCAAGACCUUCCAUAUGCCUAUGCUGCUUACUCUGCCAAAGGAACCCUCACGGCUGAUGUCUUUGAUGUACAAUAUGGAAGUCCAGGAGACUUGCUCAGAAUUAAACAGUUUACUAAUGUAUCCAGCAAAAUUGCUCUUUUGAAACUUGGACAUAUGCCUUUACUGUAUAAGCUUUCACUGCUAGAAGAGGCAGGUUUCAAAGGUGCUCUUCUUUACAUUGACCCUUGCAAUUUACCAAAGUUUCAAAACCUGAGCAAUAAAGCAUUUAUGGUGUCAUUGAACAGUGGUGGUGAUCCUUCGACUCCUGGAUAUUCCAGUAUUGACGGAAGCUAUAAACAACACCGAUCAAACCUCACUUCUCUAUUAGUGCAGACUAUUUCUGUGACUCUGGUCAGGAAGCUGUUCAUUUCCCUGGAGGAAGCUGGUGAAAAUGAAGUUUGCCAGCCACUGAGAUUGCCUUCUGCAGCAGAAAGGAAAAUUGUGACUUUGAAUAUUCAAACUCAGCCAACAUAUAAAACAAUAUCCAAUGUUGUUGGGUAUUUAAAAGGAGCUACAGUUCCUGAUAGAUACGUCAUAGUUGGCAGCCACCACAGCAGUUUGCCUGGCUAUAGUAGUGAACAAUGGGCUCAUGGCACAGCAGUAAUUACUGCACUUAUCCAAGCCUUGAUGAGGAAGGUGAAGAAAGGUUGGAGGCCUGAGAGGACCAUCAUUUUCUGCUCAUGGGGUGGAACCAUGUUUGGCAAGAUUGGUUCCUAUGAAUGGGCAGAGGACCUUAGGAAAGUUCUCCAGAGGAAUGCUGUGGCAUAUGUGAAUCUCCAUGAUCCAAUAAGAGGCGAAGGCAUUUUAUAUUCCAUAGCAUCUCCUUCUGUUCAGCAACUAGUAAUUGAAGUUACAAAGAACUACAAGUUCACCUGUCUUGGGCCAGAGAAGUGCAUGGAAUCCAAUGCUAGCUCAAUUCAAAUGCAAGGGGAUUCUGAUUAUUUCAUCAACCAUCUUGGAGUCCCGGCUUUGCAAUUUUCAUACCAAGAUUCGGCCAUGUUAGAGACAGCAAGCUUUCUUUCUGAAGCCAUUUUCCCUGUGUCUUUGACAAUACCCACAAAGCUGGAUUCCUCCUUCCGCCUGCACGAAUCCAUCACUAAGUUGACAGGAGAAGCAAUUUUGCAAAUUGCUAGCAAGCCAGUUCUGCCUUUUAAUGCCCUGGAUAUUGCAUUGGAAGUUCAGAAGAACCUGCAAGACGACCCUCAUAAUGUUGGCAAUUUGCUGAAGGUGGCCUAUGCUUUACGGGAGAGUGCAGAAUUGUUUCAAUCAGAUGAGAUGCGGCCAGCCAAUGACCCAAAAGAAAGAGCUCCUGACCGUAUCAGGAUGUUGAAUGACAUAUUGCAGAGUCUCGAGAAAAACUUCUUAGUUUCAGGUGUUCCACCAGGUUUUUACAGAAACAUCCUUUAUCGACUUGAUGACAGGACACACCAAUUUUCAGUACUCCUGGAGGCAGCAGAGCACUGGAAGUUACAUCAGUCAAAUGAGACGCUACAAGCUAUCUUGUCAAAAGUGUUCAACAGUUUCAAAUCAGCUCAGUAAAAGAAAAUAAAUCAGUAAAAGAAAAUAAAUCCGACUUCAAGAAGGGGAAUGAUAUGAAUUCUGCUAUUGUAAAACAAGGUCACUUUUCAAGCAGUCGAAUACAGAAUGGAAUUUGCUCUUGACGACAAGAAUGUAACUGAAUACCAGUAGCUAGGAAACAUAAUUCUGAGUACAGGUCCUGCAGAAUGCACUUCUGAAUAGCUUGUAUACCUCCUUGUGAAUAAUAUCAGUUGCUAUGGAAUAAAGACUUGGAGAAUGCUAUUAUACUUAGGCUAUGAUUUCACCCAAGGCUUAGAAGUUCUUUGAUCUGAUUGUCAUGGAUUAGGGGCUGCCUACUUAGUACCAGGUACUUAAGCACAUAGGUACAGUAGAGGCACUGAGAGAGAAUAGCAGGCAUUUGCAUCCAUCAGACAGAAGAUGGAAAAAGUGGCCAAUCAGAAUAUAAAUUGUGCGAGUGAGACAUGGCGAAGUGCAAAAGG